GGAGUGAAACGAAGAUCGCCGGCCGUCCGAACCCUGUAGCUGAAGGAUAAAACAGACGCCGAAGAUGGUGAAAGGAAGCCAAGGAGAGAGAGUCAGACUUUACACCAGGGGAACAAUUCUCGGCUACAAGAGGUCGAAGUCGAACCAGUACCCAAACACUUCUUUACUUCAGAUUGAGGGUGUUAAUUCCAAGGAUGAGGUUUCCUGGUACCAAGGAAAGCGAUUGGCAUAUAUCUACAAGGCUAAAGUGAAGAAGAACGGAAGCCACUAUCGUUGCAUUUGGGGCAAGGUCGCUAGGCCUCAUGGUAACAGUGGCAUCGUUAGAGCGAAGUUCAAGUCUAAUCUGCCACCGAAGUCCAUGGGUGACAGGGUCAGAGUAUUCAUGUACCCCAGCAACAUUUGAGUCAUGGAGAACCUUGAUGAAACGAGUGGUUGUUACAUGAAGGGAUUUAUAUUUUUAUUAUGUUUUUUGUGAGCUAAGGAAGAAUCAUUUUCUGUUUCUAUACUGGGUCAUUUUUGCUGUCUAGGCCAAGUAGUUGAACAAAAUUAUAGAACCACUUGUCUUGAGCAUUUUUCAUGCGAUGUAGUUGCACUUUUCUGAAGUGGUUUUCCAGUAUACGAAGCCUUUACAUACUUGCGCUUUCAGCUAUAAUAUGAACGUGGAUUGCACAUUUUAUCGUUGA